AUGUCUUCUCCCAUCGUUCUCAUCUUCGGCGCUGGUGCCAGGGUCGGCAAAAGUGUCGCUCAAGCCUUCAGCGCAAAAGGCUACAGACUUGCUCUAGCUUCCCGAUCUCAAGAUCCAGCAACUUCAACCGAUAAAGAGCUACAUAUCCCCACAGACCUCAGCGAUACCGAUUCUGUCAUCCAGGCCUUUACAAAGGUUAGAAGCGAGUUCGGUCACCCCCGCGUUGUCAUCUACAACGCGUAUCAUGGCCCCCCAAACAAUCCCAACGACGUUUUUGAAGUUCCCUUGGACAGCUUCAAGAAGAGCGGAACAGUCAACAUCUUCAGUGCUUACGCUGCAGCUCAAGAAGCUGUAAAAGGCUGGAAAGACUUCCCCGCAUCGAGCAACCCGACGUACAUUUAUACUGGAAACAUUGAGAAUGAGAUGCGCAUUCCAUCGAUUAUGUCGCUGGGUGUUGGAAAAGUUGCUGCUGCUUGGUUCAUUGAGGUUGCUGCGACUUCAUACAAAGACCAAGGGUUCAAAUUCUACUAUGCUGAUGAGAGAAAGGAGGAUGGGACGCCCAUGUGGAAUGGAGCAACUCCAGAGGGUCAUGCUCAGUUUUAUGUUGAGCUCGCUGAGGACAAAGAACAGCGGGUUUGGCAGCAGACGUUUGUCUCGGGGCAGGGCUACAAGAAGUUCUGA